UAGAGUGGUAUAUUAAGGAGGAGGAGGAGGCUGAACAGAAUCUCCCAUUACACUUGAGAAACUGCGAGUUAAAUUCAGAAACUGACCGACAGAAAAGCAGGGGCACUGACAGACACUUAUAGUGAUAAAGAGUUGAGACAAAGGUGAGAAUACCAUGUGUGCGUCUCGGCUGGUCUUGCUGCUUGGACUGCUUCUAUGUGUGGGGGCUCAGCUGUCCAACGCCCAGCACUGGUCCCAUGGUUGGUACCCUGGAGGCAAAAGGGACCUGGAUUCUUUCAGCACGUCAGAGAUUUCAGAGGAGAUCAAGCUGUGCGAGGCAGGAGAAUGCAGCUACUUAAGACCUCAGAGGAGGAGUAUUCUGAAAAACAUUCUUCUGGACGCUUUAGCCAGAGAGCUCCAGAAGAAGAAGUGACAGCUUUCCACCCUUUACUGUUUUUCUACCCAGGGACCUUCUUCUUCAGUGUCCUUGUCAUGAUGUUUAACAACUGAAUUUUGUUUCACUUACCUUGUCAGUUUCUUGUUUAUCAGUUCAUUUGUUUUCAAGCAUUAAAUUAAGUAUACUUGUGGCAAACAAAUGUUAAACCAUAAUGUCCAAUAAUAAAAUAUCUAUUUUGAUAUGAACUUCUUUUUUCAUGUAAAUGGUGUAAAACUAUAUCGCAGUAGUGUAGUGAUAUUGAGGGAAAAGAAAAGGAGACUUAUUUGUAUAGAUGUAACAAAAAAAAUAUAUUGUGAAAAAUGAUACUGAGUGGACCCGUUUUUCUUAGGUCUUAGAUAAAAAUGUCAGCUUUGAGGUGGAUUUAAAAUAGCUUCAUACAGAGGAAUCAAGGGAGGGUGAACCCUGAAUUGAAAACUAUGCUUACUGGGAUGCUUGAAAAUAACAACAUAAUGACACGAUUUAAAUUAUUGUAUAGUUAGUUAGUUUGUUUUAAAUUUCGAUGUCAAAAGAAGACCUCAUUUGUCUUGUAUCAAAGUAUGCUAUUCCUGUUUAUUUUCAGUUUUUCAUCCAGGAUAUCACCAUCAACGAAAGAGGUUUUGAACAAUUAAUUAAUCGAAAAAUGAAUUAAAUAAAAAUUAAAGUAUGUUUACAGCCUCAAUCUUCAGACAAUAAUUGAACAACUUAAAAUGUUACGGUUUUU